UGAACAUGGUGACAUCUCCAAGGUUCGCCGCCUAUGUGACAUGGUUGUUCUUGUGGAUAAUGGCUCAUGCAACUGAUCUAAAGUUGCCAUCACAUGUGCGUCAAGAAAGAGGAUUUGUAUCAGUCGGUGUUGGAGACAAAAUAAUCUUGCAAUGUUUCUAUGAGAAUAUUGGUGGAGCGUGGCUUUACUGGUUUAAGCAAACACUGGGAAAACAACCAAAGCUGGUCUCCAGCUUCUAUCAGUUUAACAAAAAUGGCACUUUUCAUCAUGAAUUCAAGAACAGUACACGCUUCAUUCUGGGGACUGAAAAAGGUCAAAAUCACUUGACAAUUUUUGAUUUGAAUAUUACAGACACAGCAACUUACUACUGUGCAUCUAGCACUUCAUAUGUGUUGACCUUUGCAGAGGGCACAGUUGUCAGUGUGCAGGGUUCAGGUUUGACCGUCCCAGCUUUGCUCCAUCAGUCACCAUCAGAGACCAUCCAGGUAGGAGGCAAUUUGACUCUGAACUGUACAGUACAAACUGGGACCUGUGAUGGACAACACAGUAUUUACUGGUUAAAAGACUCUGAAGAAUCUCAUCCAGCACUCAUUUACACUGAUGGAGGCAGCACUGAUCAGUGUGAGAGGAAAUCCAACACAACCCAACGCUGUGACUACAACCUGCCGAUGGAGAGCCUGAAUUAUUCUCAUGCUGGGACCUACUACUGUGCUGUUGCCUCGUGUGGACACAUUCUGUUUGGAAACGGGACCAAACUGGAUAUUCAGGACGAGGGAGACCAUCUUGUCCUGGUGUAUUUAUUGAGUGGAGCUUUGGUUUUCACCACCAUCCUGGUUGUUUUACUAAGUUAUUUGGUUUACAAGCUAAACAAGAAAAAGAGUUGUCAAUGUUCAGAGUCUCAUGCAACCGUAUCAGCUCCCUCCACAGGAAACACAGAGGGUUACCAAAACGCACAGAGCCCUCAUUAUGCUGCUUUAAAUCUCAAUGUGCCAAACGGAUCAAGGAGGCAGAAGAUGAACAUUGAUGUUGAAUGUGUGUACUCCGGCAUUAGGCAGUAGAUUGUAUUUUAAAUGUGAUGUCGUUUGUGGUGUAUGAAUCGCUGUAUUAUUAGAAAUCAUGUGUACAUUUAGAACUUAAGAUUUACAAUUAAUGCUACAUUUUGUUCAAUUAUGUCUUUUUGUAGUUAGGUGGUACGUUUUUACCCAGCAAUCUGAAAGAAUGUGGUUUUGCAUGUUUGUUUUUUUACUGUAGUACAAUUUUUUUAGGGGGGGUUAGGAUUAAAGGUAACAAGUGAAUGUUGAGACCAGAGGAUCAGGCUCUACAACCAGACCAUUGCAAGAGUGCAUCUAUCUUAGUUCUACUAUCAGAGCUUUAAAUCUGUCAGACCUGUCAUAUUCUCAGUGUUUAGAACUUAAACAGGAAAGUCGCUUGUUGUAGAAACAUUUCUGAACUGAAAAUUGCAAUGGAUAUCCAUUUUCAUGGUGACAUCAAGUAUGCCAUUUGCUCAAUGGUAAACCAGGCCGAUGUCGGAUUACAGCCCGUUUUCGAAGACUACAGAGACCUUUUGUAAAUGUAGAGCUUUAUUCUAAUCCAAAAGGCAAAAAUUUGUGAGCUAUGAUAAUAUAAAAUAUAAUAGUUAAAGUACAGAAGUACACUUGAAUCUACCUUCUAUCUAUCAAUUUCUCACUUAAGUAAUUUGAGAGAAGGGCAAAAACGUUUUCCAUUUAGAAAAACCCUACAGUGGAAUUCUUUGGCCUUCCUUCCAUGACGAAAUACUCUCCAGUUCUGAUAAAACAACAUGGAGUUACAGGAACUGCCAUGGUUGUUUAGCACAAACUAUCGCCUGCACACAACUAAACCACACCUGGAGGUGUCAAAGCCUCCUCACAGGAAGCUGACUGGUCCUGUCUGUCUGGCCGGAUACAAACACAUUACUUAAAGCUCACUAGAUGGUAUUUGUGUAACAUGUUAUCUCCUGACAGUCCUGCUGCCCUACAAAAAUAGUUUAGUAGUUUUUAAAAACUUCUUGGUAGCCAAAUGGUUAGAGAGCAUGCAAAACAAAUGAUCAUUGACUUCCAGCCAUUGGUGCAUUGUUAAAUGUCCUAAUCCUUCCUAAAACCCCAAUUCUAGUCAGCCUCUAAAAAUAUAUUUACCGAUAAUAAGAAUAAUUCAUGCCUCAGAGUGCAUACUGAAAAUGCUAACAUUGUCAUGGUUUGGGUCCAUGUUCUGUUUUAUUUUGUAGUGUCAUGUCUCUCGUGUCCCUGGGUUAACUUCACUUCCUGCCUUGUCCUGUCUUCCCCUGUGAUUGUCUGCAGUGUUGAUGAUUGUUUCCACCUGUGUCCAAUCACCUGCACCUCCCCUGUGUAUUUAAGCCAUGUCAGUCUCUCGUCCCUCGUCGCGUCAUUGCAUGUUGUGCUUGUUUGCAAGUCUGAAUGUCGAUGUGGAGUCUUUUGGAUUUUUUGAGUUUUGAAGUGAAAUAUUAAAAUCUUUUUGUUGAAGUCCGCGUUUGGGUCCUUCCUGCCUGCCUCUGCCUACCGCGACCUUGACAGAAUGAUGCAACCACAAAGGGACUGAACAGACUCAUGGUGUGAGUACGGCCCAAAGUACAUGGACAUUAGGAGCCCGUUCUGGCGGCGCAAAACCAACUUUGUGUUUGGCCCCAGAAGCUACCAGAAAG